GAGGCAGAAGUUCCCACUCAGCGCUUUCCAGAGGUGUGGUUCCUCCUAAAGCGAUCCUCCUCAGUCCCGGAGAGCGCGCACUGCAGAUAGGUGGACACGGACCGAGCACCUGUCCUCCGCGGGACACCUGAGGACUUUAACCCGCUGGAAGCUGCUCACGGGGCCCGCGGAUCAACAUGAGUCUGUACGACUCCCAGAAGGCUCUGAACCGGAGGGUCAGCUCCAAGGGCGACCUCAGCGGCGGAGGAACGUACAGCUACGCGCGCAGCGAGGGGCUGAUGGGAAAAAUGGACCACUACACGGAUGGAUACAACUCGUACAGCUUUACCGCCAAGACCACCAUGGGGGACGGCCUGAGUCCUGGCAGUCUCAAUGCGAUCCACCAGAAAGCCAUGAUCAUUCAGGGCAACUGCCAAGAAUACCUGGCCAAAGCUGAAUAUGCCCUUCAAACUGGUAAUUCUGCAGAUGCUGAAGGCUUCAUGCUCAUGGCCAGAGAGACGAUUGAGCAGCUGAAGAACUGUGCUCUGGACCUGCGGCAGAUGGGUCAACCCAAUGAAAAUGUCGUGAGGACCAUGGAGAUUUGUAGAGAUCAGCUGAAGGGGGUCCACAUGGCUUUAACUGGCUCCAUGCGCAGGAAAAAGAGCAGGAGAGCAGGCAGCGUCUCUGGGGCCCCCACGGGAGGAGGGGCCUGGGAGGAGCCCCCACGAAGCUACCAGGAUGCUAUGGCCUGGAUAGUACAGCACAAGCGUCUGAUUGAAACUGCUCCUUGGGGAGAUGAUCCCACAACCAUCGACCAGCAGCUGAUCAGCCACCAGAAGUUUCACAGCUCCAUCCAGAGAAGCCCGGAGGUGGAGAGGGCCAGAGAUGAACUAAUAAAAAAAGGUGACAGAGCAAAUCUGCAUGGACUAGAUCAAGAGUGGGACAGUCUGCAGCAAAUGUCUUUUGCGAGGAUCCAGCAGCUGAGAGACCUUCAGCAGAUUAUCCAGGAAAUUUCCAGCGAGAUUAUGUGGGUGAAUGACAGAGAGGAGGAGGAGCUGGUUUUUGACUGGGGAGACAAAAACAUUGACCAGUACAUUCCCAAGAAGCAGGAGAGCUACUCGAAACUGAUGAGUGCACUCGAGGAGAAGGAAAAGGAUCUGAAUAAACUUAAAACCAAAGGUGACGUGCUUCUUAAAAACAACCAUCCUGCCUCUGACAAGAUUGAGGCUUACAGAGACACACUGCAAACCCAGUGGAGUUGGCUUCUCCAAAUUACAAAGUGUAUUGAUAUACAUCUGAAGGAAAAUGCUGCCUAUAGCCAGUUCUUUAAAGAGGCCAAUGAGACUUACACGGCUCUGCAAAAGGAGCAUGAGACUGUGCGGAAGAAGUUCAUCUGUGACAAAGAAACUCCUCUGGAAAGUCUCCUGGAGCUUCUGACAGCCCUGGAGAGGGAACGAGAAAAAAUCAAGGAGCACAAAAGGCAGGUCCAGCAUUUGGUGAACAAGUCAAAGAGCAUCGUGAGACUGAAGCCCCGAAAUCCAGAGGAGCCCAGAAGCAGCAACGCCAUCAUCGUGAAAGCCAUCUGUGACUUCAAACAGGACCAGAAGGUGAUCUUGAAGGACAACGAGGCCAUCCUGAAGGACAACAGUCAGAGGAGUAAGUGGCAGGUGACAGGACCAGGAGGGCUGGACAUGAUGGUACCUUCUGUGUGUUUGAUCAUCCCACCCCCAAACCCUAUCAGCAUCAGCCUAGCCAACAAGAAUGAGCAAUACUAUGAAGCCAUCCUAUCUGUGUGGAAUCAACUCUUCAUCAAUGUUAAGAGCCUCAUCGCUUGGCAGUACUGUCUUCUGGAUAUCCAAAAAAUCAAAUCACUUACUAUCACCAUGAUGGCAAAGAUGCGUCCUGAGGAGUUCCGUCAGCUAAUCAUGAGCCUGGAGAGUCACUAUGAGGAGUUCAAGCGCACCUCUCAGGGCUCACAGCUGUUUGCAGACGAAGACAAGAGGAGCAUCGAAACACAGUUCAAUGUUGCCCAAGCCCAUUAUGACCAACUGGUGGUGCAGCUGCCUUCAUACGUUGCACAAGAGCAAACAACAGAGGUGCACGAAGUGAUUGAGCAGCAACAACAGGUGAUAGAGCAGCCCCAGCUGCAGCAACAACAAAUACAACUCCAACUGCAGGCAGCACCACCACCCCCACAGCAUUUCUUCAUCAUCCAACAGCAGCAGCCUGAUGAUGAAGUGUUCAGACUGGAACAAAUGCGAAGAAUCGAAGAGACUCGUAGACUAGAGAUAGAAGAGAAAAGAAGACUGGAGGAAGUCAGAAGGUUGGAGGAAGAGGCCAGGAGAGCUGAAGAGGCUAGGAGAGCUGAAGAGGCCAGGAGAGCUGAAGAAGCCAGGAAAGCUGAAGAGGCCAGGAGAGCAGCGGAAGCCCGAAGGUUAGAAGAAGCACGCAGAGCAGAGGAGGAAGCACGUCGCCUUAAAGAAGAAGAGAGGCGCAGAGCCGAGCUGAGGAAACUGUCUGAGAGAAAGGUAGAGGUGAGGAAGGAAAGUGUGAAAGUGACCAAAGCGGAGCCGGUCAAGAGAAAGGUGAUCCUCUCUUCCUCAUCUACAUCGUUCCUGAGCCUGUCCGAGCUGCAGGCCCUUCGGAUGCGGCUGGAGGCGGCGGAAAGCACGCUGAGCCAGCAUGUUCACAUCUGUCUGGGAGAUGAUGGGCUGCAGGACUGCAGUCUUAAAAUCCAGCAGUUGGAGAUGGUGCAGCGUGAUGUGGACUUGAUGAGGGACGUCUAUCUGAAGUUGAGGGAACGCAUCAUGAAGGAGCUGGAUGGUAUAAAUGACUCUGACAAAGCCCAGUUCCUCCGCACUGAAACUGGAAUCAUCAACCAACGACUGGCUGGUUUGGAAAGUAGUGCAUCUGCCUAUCUGCAGCGGCUCCGGGCUCUGAGAGACAUGUUGGAGAGUGUGGCUCGCAUGGAGGAUAUAGUGAAAGUUCAUGAGGCCAGACUGACAGAGAAGGAGACAACAUCCCUAACACCCCAAGAAGUGGAGAGUUACAUUUCAACUCUUAAGAACAUUAAAUCUGAACUUGAAUAUAAAAGGGACAUACUUUCCUCUAUGGAGGGAGAGCUGGCAAAGGCAACCCACUGGAACGGCCAGGUGAGCGGGCCUUACCACAGAUGUGACAUGAUGCUGUCUAAAUACACAGAGCAGGUCAACCAGCUGUCUGAUCGAUGGAGGCGCAUUCAAGCUCAAAUUGACACAAGGCUUCAGGAUCUCCAGCUCUACCUGCCUCAGCUUAAAAACUAUCAAGAAACCAGUACAUCACUUUUGGACUGGAUUGACAAGACAAGAAAGAAACAGGAUGCUCUCCAAGUGACCAAAAUCAACAAUGUUGAAUCACUGAGAGAAGUCAUCAACAACCAGAAGAGUCUAAACUCAGAAAUCAUAGCAAAAAGGGGGGAAGUGGACAGUGUUCUUAAGGACAAUGAGGCUUGUGUCACCUCAAUAAAAGAUUAUGAGACAGACCUCACAUCGUACAUCUCAGGUUUAGAGACCAUACUUAAUGUCCCCAUCAAGAGAACAAUGCUCAAGUCCCCAUCCAUGGACCUGAAUCUUGAGGCUGCUCAAUUACAGACUCGCUACAUGGAGCUACUUACCUUAUCUACUGACCACUACAAGUUUUUGGGAGAAUUACUCAAAAACAUGGAAGAGCUCAAGAUUCGUAAUACAAAAAUUGAUUUGCUGGAAGAAGAACUACGUUUGCUGCAUGAAGAAAUAAAAAAUCACUUGGCAAAGAACAAGUCGCUGGAAGAUGCUAUGAAUCGUUACCAGCAGGAGAUGUCCCAGUCUAAAAACGAGCUACUGUCAAUGGAAGAGGUUAAGCGCAACACCGCUCUCCAGUAUAGUGCCACUAAGGAGAACUUGGACAGUACCCAGACCCAGCUGGCUGACCUGAACGAACAACUGGCACGAAUCAAAUAUCUACUGGAGGAAGAGAAGAGGAAGAGAAGACUAGCAGAGGAACGCUACACUCAGCAGGAAGAAGAAUACGAUGUUACACUGAAAAAGAGGGAGAAAGAGUUGGAGACUGUAAGUUGGUCCAAAAUCGAAGUGGAGAAAACUGUAGCAACCAAAGAUCGUGAGAUUGACAGGCUGAAAAGACAACUUGAUGAGGAUUCACUGCGUAUAAAGGAGCUACAGAGAGAAAUGUCAAAGAUGGCUGAAAAGGAGAGGGACCAUAUCCACAAACUAGAAGAAGAGCUCAGACUUGUCAAAAUGAAGCAAGAGACAGAGGUUCGACAACAAAUACAGGUUCAAACCAUGAUUCAGCCAACUAAGGCCCCCGAACAACAACAGGCCAGAGAACCUUCAAAACCCAAGUUGGUUUUUGAAGGUGUUCGUAAGCCAGUAACUGCACAAGAUUUAGUUGAAUGUGGUGUAUUAGAAAAAACAACAUAUGAUGACCUUGUUGAUGGACAGUGUACUAUACCUGAAGUGUCUGAAGAUAAAAGAAUUAAUCUCAAAGGAACAGGCCCAAUAGCUGGUGUAAUUAUUGAGCGCCCCAAAGCACGUGGUUCUAUUAGAGGUUCAGGCAAAAAGAUGUCAUUCACUGAAGCCAAAAAGAAGAAAAUUCUACCUCCAAAAUGUGUAGAUUUGUUGCUUGAUGCCCAAGCAGCUACAGGACACAUCAUUGACCCCAAAACAAAUCGAAAGUUUACUGUUGAUGAAGCUUGUAACCAAGGUGUAGUUGAUCAAGAUGAUGAAGGAAGACUGCUAGCUGCUGAGGCAGCUGCAGUUGGAUAUGGUAGUCCUGGCACAAACCAACCAAUUUCAGCAUUUGAAGCUAUGAAAAGAGGACAAAUUGACAGGAACACCACUCUCCGCCUACUACAAGCUCAGGAAGCAGUUGGGGGGAUUUUAGAUCCAAUUCUAAGCGUGUUUCUUCCAAAAGAUACAGCCAUUGAACGUGAUCUUAUUGAUGAAGAUAUUUAUCAUGCUUUAUAUCAAAAACCUGAACUCUAUUUAGACCCAGAAAGUGAAGAGGGAACAACCUACAUCUCUCUGAAAAGGAAAUGCAAAGUGGAGCCACACACUGGUCUCCUCCUUCUUCCUGUCAAUGAGAAAAUGGACCCCUCUAAACUGAUCUUUGAUGGUGUCCGUAAACCAGUGACUUCUAAACAGCUUCUUGAGUGUGGUGUCUUAGACAAACCCACUUUUAAAGAUCUUGAAAGGGGAACAAAAACUGUGCCAGAAGUGUCUGCAGACAAACGAAUACCACUCAAAGGAACAGGACCAAUUGCUGGGAUUUUAGUUGGAAAGAAAGGGAAAAUGUCUUUGGCUGAAGCUAAAAAGAAAGUGAUUAUACCACCAGAGUGUGCUGAUUUACUCCUAGAAGCCCAGGCGGCAACAGGCCAUAUCAUUGAUCCUAAAAACAACCAGAAAUUGACCGUGGAUGAGGCGUGCGACAAAGAAGUUAUAGACAUAAGCGAUAGAGAAGAACUGCUGGCUGCAGAGGCAGCUGCUGUGGGCUACAAAGAUCCAUAUUCGGCCAAACCUCUGUCUGUAUUUGAGGCCAUGAAGAAGGGGCUUGUUGACGAAGAAACAGGACUUCGUCUACUACAAGCACAAGAGUCUGUUGGAGGUAUUUUAGAUCCAAAUACAAGUGUCUUCCUCCCUGAGGACACUGCAAUUAAACGUAACAUUAUAGAUGAAAACACUUGCCAUUCUCUGAACGAGAGUCCAAAAUGUUACACUGACCCAGAAACAGAAGAACCCAUAAGUUAUAAUGACUUAAAGAAAAGAUGCAAGACAGAGCCUCACACAGGCAUGCUACUUUUGCCAGUGACUGAAAGAGUGGAUCCAUCUAAACUGAUUUUUGAUGGUGUCCGUAAGCCAGUCACAGCACAGCAGUUGCAUGAUUGUGAGGUGAUAGACAAGCCAACACUUAAAGAUCUUCAGACAGAAAAAAAGUCCAUCCCUGAGGUUUCUGCUGAUAAGAAAAUUAACCUAAAGGGGACAGGGCCAAUAGCUGGCAUAAUAGCUGGAAAAAAAGGAACAUUCACUCUAAACGAGGCCAAAAAAAAAGGUUUUUUGUCCUCAGAUUGUGCAGAUCUACUGCUUGAAGCUCAAGCUGCUACAGGCCACAUAAUUGAUCCUAAAAAGAACAAGAAACUGACUGUAGAAGAGGCUUGUAGUAAAGAAGUGGUGGACAUCAGUGAUCAAGACCUCUUAUUGGCUGCAGAGGCAGCUGCUGUAGGCUACAAAGAUCCAUAUUCAACCAAACCCCUGUCUGUAUUUGAGGCCAUGAAGAAGGGGCUUGUUGACGAUGAGAUAGGACUUCGUCUCCUACAAGCACAAGAGUGUGUUGGAGGGAUUUUAGAUCCAAAUCUGAGUGUUUUCCUCCCCGUGGACACCGCAAUAAAGCGCACAUUGUUUGAUGAUAAUACAAACAAUAUCCUAAAACAAAAUCCAAAGUGCUACAUCGACCCGGAAACAGAAGAAGUCGUAAGUUAUAACGACUUGAAGAAAAGAUGUAAGACAGAGCCUCACACAGGCCUUCUACUUUUGCCAGUAACUGAGAAACUGGAUCCAUCUGAACUAAUUUUUGAGGGUGUGCGCAAGCCAGUCACAGCAAAACAAUUACAUGACUGCAAAGUGAUAGACAAGCCUACGUUGAAAGAUCUUCAAACAGGGAAGAAGUCUAUCCCAGAGGUGUCUGAAGACAAAAAAGUUAAUCUUAAAGGAACUGGCCCAAUUGCUGGAUUAAUUGCUGAAAAUGAAGAAAAACUUUCUUUUGUGCAAGGCAAGAAGAAUGCCUUUUUAUCACCUGAGAGCGCAGAUUUGCUGCUAGAGGCCCAGGCUGCAACGGGACACAUAAUUGACCCAAAACACAAUAAGAAACUGACAGUAGAAGAGGCUUGUAACAAAAAAGUGGUGGACGUCAGUGAUCGAGACCAACUGUUGGCUGCAGAAAAAGCUGCUGUGGGCUACAAAGAUCCAUAUUCAACCAAACCUCUCUCUGUAUUUGAGGCCAUGAAGAAGAGGCUUGUAGAUGAUGAGACAGGACUUCGUCUGCUCCAAGCACAAGACUCUGUUGGAGGUAUUUUAGAUCCAAAUGUCAGUAUUUUCCUCCCUAGAGACACAGCUAUUGAACGUAAAAUACUGGAUGAAAACACCAAGCGUUCUCUCACACAGACUCCCAAGUGUUACAUUGACCCAGAGACAGAGGAAGCUGUAAGUUAUAAUGACUUAAAGAAAAGAUGCAAGACAGACCCUAAAACAGGCCUGCUACUUUUGCCAGUGACAAAAAAAUUGGACGUUUCAAAAAUGAUUUUUGAUGGUGUUCGUAAGCCAGUCACAGCACAGCAGUUGCAUGAUUGUGAUGUUCUAGAUAAGCCAACACUUAAAGAUCUACAAGCAGCAAAAAAAUCCAUCCCAGAGAUAUCAGUCGAGAAAAAAGUCAACUUAAAAGGAACUAGUCCAAUUGCAGGAAUCAUUCUGGAAAAAAGGGGAAAAGUGUCUUUAUCUGAAGCAAAAAAGGAAAUGCUAUUGUCACCAGAGUGUGCUGAUUUGCUCCUUGAAGCACAGGCUGCAACAGGUCAUAUCAUCGACCUAAAAAACAAUAAGAAGUUGACUGUGGAUGAAGCAUGUACCAAUGAAACAGUUGACAGUAGUGAUCGUGACAGAUUAAUGGAAGCGGAGAAAGCUGCUGUGGGAUACAAAGAUCCAUAUUCAGCAAAACCUUUGUCUGUAUUUGAGGCCAUGAAGAAGGGGCUUGUCGACGAUGAUACAGGACUCCGUCUGCUACAAGCACAAGAGUCUGUUGGAGGUAUUUUAGAUCCAAAGCUAAGUGUGUUCCUCCCAAAAUACACAGCUAUUAAACGUAAAAUAUUGGAUGAAAACACUGACCGGUCUCUGAAGAAAAGUCCAAAGUGUUACAUUGAACCAGAAACAGAGGAUGCUGUGAGUUAUAAUGACUUAAAGAAAAGAUGUAAGACAGACCCUACAACAGGCCUGCUACUUUUGCCAGUGAGUGAAAAAUUGGAUCCAUCUAAACUGAUUUUUGAUGGUGUUCGUAAGCCAGUCACAGCAAAACAAUUGCAUGAAUGUGAUGUCAUAGACAAGCCAACACUUAAAGAUCUACAGACAGAAAAGAAAUCAAUUCCACAGGUUUCUGAAGAGAAAGUAGUUAACCUGAAGGGAACAGGGGCUAUUGCUGGGAUUACUGUAGGUAAAAACAAAAAAAUGUCCUUAACAGAAGCUAAGACGCAAAUGGUAGUGAAACCUGAUUGUGCUGAUUUGCUUCUGGAAGCACAGGCUGCAACCGGCCAUAUAAUUGAUCCCACAAACAAUAAGAAGCUGACUGUAGAUGAAGCAUGUACCAAUGAAACAGUUGAUAUUGGUGAUCGAAACAGAUUAUUGGAAGCAGAGAAAGCUGCUGUGGGAUAUAAAGAUCCAUAUUCAGCCAAACCUCUGUCUGUAUUUGAGGCCAUGAAGAAGGGGCUUGUUGACGAUGAGACAGGACUUCGUCUGCUACAAGCACAAGAGUCUGUUGGAGGUAUUUUAGAUCCAAAUCUAAGUGUGUUCCUUCCAAAAGACACAGCUAUUGAACGUAAAAUACUGGAUGAAAAUGCUAACCGUUCUCUCACACAAAAUCCCAAGUGUUACAUUGACCCAGAGACGGAGGAAGCUGUAAGUUAUAAUGACUUAAAGAAAAGAUGUAAGACAGAGCCUAAAACAGGCCUGCUACUUUUGCCAGUGACUGAAAAACUUGCUGAUUCUGAAUUGAUUUUUGAUGGGGUCCGUAAGCCAGUCACAGCAAAACAAUUACAUGAUUGCAAAGUCAUAGACAAACCUACAUUGAAAGAUCUUCAAACUGGGAAAAAGUCUAUUCCUGAUGUGUCAGGGGACAAAAAAGUUUGCUUAAAGGGGACUGGGCCAAUUGCUGGGAUAGUAGCUGGAAAUAAAGGCCUUUUUACUAUUAAUGAAGCCAAACAAGAGAGCCUUUUGCCACUAGACUGUGCAGAUUUAUUACUGGAAGCACAGGCUGCAACAGGCCAUAUCAUUGACCCUAAAAACAACAAAAAACUGACUGUAGAAGAGGCAUGUCAGAAUGAAGUGGUACACAUCAGUGAUCGAGAUAAAUUAUUAGAUGCAGAAGCAGCUGCUGUGGGCUACAAAGAUCCAUAUUCAGCAAAAUCUUUGUCUGUAUUUGAGGCCAUGAAGAAGGGGCUUGUUGAUGAUGAGACAGGACUUCGUCUGCUACAAGCACAAGAGUCUGUUGGAGGUAUUUUAGAUCCAAAUGUGAGCGUGUACCUCCCAAAAGACACCGCUAUUGAACGUAAAUUAUUAGAUGAAAACACCAAACGUUCCCUGAACAAGAGUCCAAAGUGUUACAUUGACCCAGAGACAGAGGAAGCUGUGAGUUAUAAGGACUUAAAGAAAAGAUGUAAGACAGAGCCAAAAACAGGCCUGCUACUUUUGCCAGUAAGUGAGAAACUGGAUCCAUCUAAACUGAUUUUUGAUGGUGUUCGUAAGCCGGUAACAGCAAAAGAAUUAUCUGAAUGUAAUGUCAUAGACAAGCCAACUCUUAAGAACCUGAGGGCAGAUAAAAUAUCCAUCCCAGAGGUAUCAGCGGAGAAAAAAGUCAAUUUAAAGGGAACCGGAUCAAUUGCAGGAAUUAUUGUGGAAAAAAGGGGGAAAUUGUCUCUAUCUGAAGCAAAGAAAGAAAUGCUAUUGUCACCAGAGUGUGCUGAUCUGCUCCUAGAAGCACAGGCUGCAACAGGCCAUAUCAUUGACCCUAAAAACAAUAAGAAGCUGACUGUGGAUGAGGCAUGUAUCAAUGAAACAGUUGACAGUGCUGAUCGAGACAGUUUAUUGGAAGCAGAAGCAGCUGCUGUGGGAUACAAAGAUCCAUAUUCAGCCAAACCUCUGUCUGUAUUUGAGGCCAUGAAGAAGGGGCUUGUUGAUGAUGAGACAGGACUUCGUCUGCUACAAGCUCAAGAAUCUGUUGGAGGUAUUUUAGAUCCAAAUCUAAGUGUCUUCCUCCCAAAAGACACUGCUAUUGAGCGUAAAAUAUUGGAUGAAAACACUAAAUGCACCUUGAACCAAAGUCCAAAGUAUUACAUUGAUCCAGAAACCGAGGAGUCUGUGAGUUAUAUUGACUUAAAGAAAAGAUGUAAAAUAGAGCCUCAAACAGGCCAGCUACUUUUACCAGUUGCUAAGAAGCUGGAUCCAAAUAAACUGAUUUUUGAUGGUGUCCGUAAACCAGUCACAGCAAAACAGUUGAUUGAAUAUGAAGUCCUAGACAAAGAAACACUUAAAGAUUUGCAGACAGAGAAAAAGUCGGUUCCAGAGGUAUCUGCUGACAAAAGAGUUAACCUUAAGGGGACAGGGCCUAUUGCUGGGAUUGUUACUGGUAAAAACACCAAAAUUUCAUUACAGGAAGCUAAGAAACAAAUGCUGUUGCCCGUAGAAUGUGCUGAUUUGCUCUUGGAAGCACAGGCUGCAACAGGCCAUAUCAUUGACCUUAAAAAGAAUAAGAAAUUGACUGUAGAUGAAGCAUGUACCAAAGAAGUGGUGGACAACAGUGAUCGGGAAAGAUUGUUGGAAGCUGAGGCAGCUGCUGUGGGCUACAAAGAUCCAUAUUCAGCCAAACCUCUGUCUGUAUUUGAGGCCAUGAAGAAGGGGCUUGUUGAUGAUGAGACAGGCCUUCGUCUGCUACAAGCACAAGACUCUGUUGGAGGGAUUUUAGAUCCAAAUCUGAGUGUGUUCCUCCCAAAAGACACAGCUAUUAAAUGUAAAAUACUGGAUGAAAACAUUAAACAUUCCCUGAAACAGAAUCCAAGGUGUUUCAUUGACCCAGAGACGGAGGAACCUGUAAGUUAUAAUGACUUAAAGAAAAGAUGUAAGACAGAGCCUAAAACAGGCCUGCUACUUUUGCCAGUGACUGAGAAACUGGAUCCAUCUGAGCUGAUUUUUGAGGGUAUUCGCAAGCCAGUCACAGCAAAACAAUUACAUGAAUGCAAAGUCAUAGACAAGCCUACGUUGAAAGACCUUCAAACAGGGAAAAGGUCUGUUCCAGAGGUGUCUGAAGACAAAAAAGUCAAUCUUAAAGGAACUGGCCCAAUCGCUGGAUUAAUUGAUGAAAAUGAAGAAAAAGUUUCUUUUGACGAAGGCAAGAAAAAUACAUUUUUAACACCUGAGUGUGCAGAUUUGCUGCUGGAAGCCCAGGCUGCAACAGGACACAUAAUUGACCCAAAACACAAUAAGAAACUGACAGUAGAAGAGGCUUGUAACAAAAAAGUGGUGGAUGUCAGUGAUCGAGACCGACUGUUGGCUGCAGAAAAAGCUGCUGUGGGCUACAAAGAUCCAUAUUCAGCCAAAUCUCUCUCUGUAAUUGAGGCCAUAAAGAAGAGGCUUGUCGAUGAUGAGACAGGACUUCGUCUGCUCCAAGCACAAGACUCUGUUGGAGGUAUUUUAGAUCCAAAUGUGAGCGUGUUCCUCCCAAAAGACACAGCUAUUGAACGUAAAAUACUGGAUGAAAACACCAAGCGUUCUCUCACACAGAAUCCCAAGUGUUACAUUGACCCUGAGACAGAGGAAGCUGUAAGUUAUAAUGACUUAAAGAAAAAAUGCAAGACAGAGCCUAAAACAGGCCUGUUACUUUUGCCAGUGACAAAGAAACUGGAUGAAUCUAAACUGAUUUUUGAUGGUGUUCGUAAACCAGUCACAGCCAAGCAACUACAAGAGUGUGAAGUCAUUGAUGAGCCCACAUUUAAAGAACUUGAGAAGACCAAAAAGUCUGUCAAAGACGUGUCUGAAGACAAGAAAACAUACCUCAAGGGAACUGGGUCAAUUGCUGCAGUUAUAACUGACAAAAACAAAAUAAUCACAUUAAAUGAAGCAAAAGAGAAAAUGCUUUUACCUUCUGAUUGUGCUGAUUUGCUUCUUGAAGCGCAGGCCGCAACAGGCCAUAUUAUUGACCCUAAAAACAAUAAGAAGCUGACUGUGGAUGAAGCAUGUACCAAUAAAACAGUUGACAGUGGUGAUCGAGACAGACUAUUGGCUGCUGAAAAAGCUGCUGUGGGAUACAAAGAUCCAUAUUCAGCCAAACCUCUGUCUGUAUUUGAGGCCAUGAAGAAGGGGCUUGUUGACGAUGAGACAGGACUCCGUCUGCUACAAGCACAAGACUCUGUUGGAGGUAUUUUAGACCCAAAGCUGAGUGUAUUCCUCCCAAAAGACACAGCUAUUAAACGUAAAAUACUGGAUGAAAAUGUUAAACAUUCCCUGAAACAGAAUCCCAAGUGCUAUAUUGACCCAGAGACGGAGGAAGCUGUAAGUUAUAAUGACUUAAAGAAAAGAUGUAAGAUGGAGCCUAAAACAGGCCUGCUACUUUUGCCAGUGACUGAGAAACUGGAUCCAUCUGAGCUGAUUUUUGAGGGUAUUCGCAAGCCAGUCACAGCAAAACAAUUACAUGAAUGCAAAGUCAUAGACAAGCCUAUGUUGAAAGACCUUCAAACAGGGAAAAAGUCUGUUCCAGAGGUGUCUGAAGACAAAAAAGUCAAUCUUAAAGGAACUGGCCCAAUUGCUGGAUUAAUUGAUGAAAAUGAAGAAAAAGUUUCUUUUGACGAAGGCAAGAAAAAUGCAUUUUUAACACCUGAGUGUGCAGAUUUGCUGCUGGAGGCCCAGGCUGCAACAGGACACAUAAUUGACCCAAAAUACAAUAAGAAACUGACAGUACAAGAAGCUUGUAACAAAAAAGUGGUGGACAUCAGUGAUCGAGACCGACUGUUGACUGCAGAAAAAGCUGCUGUUGGCUACAAAGAUCCAUAUUCAGCCAAGCCUCUGUCUGUAUUUGAGGCCAUGAAGAAGAGGAUUGUUGAUGAUGAGACAGGACUUCGUCUGCUCCAAGCACAAGACUCUGCUGGAGGUAUUUUAGAUCCAAAUGUGAGCGUGUUCCUCCCAAAAGACACAGCUAUUGAACGUAAAAUACUGGAUGAAAACACCAAGCGUUCUCUCACACAGAAUCCCAAGUGUUACAUUGACCCUGAGACAGAGGAAGCUGUAAGUUAUAAUGACUUAAAGAAAAAAUGCAAGACAGAGCCUAAAACAGGCCUGUUACUUUUGCCAGUGACAAAGAAACUGGAUGAAUCUAAACUGAUUUUUGAUGGUGUUCGUAAACCAGUCACAGCCAAGCAACUACAAGGGUGUGAAGUCAUUGAUGAGCCCACAUUUAAAGAACUUGAGAAGACCAAAAAGUCUGUCAAAGACGUGUCUGAAGACAAGAAAACAUACCUCAAGGGAACUGGGUCAAUUGCUGCAGUUAUAACUGACAAAAACAAAAUAAUCACAUUAAAUGAAGCAAAAGAGAAAAUGCUUUUACCUUCUGAUUGUGCUGAUUUGCUUCUUGAAGCGCAGGCCGCAACAGGCCAUAUUAUUGACCCUAAAAACAAUAAGAAGCUGACUGUGGAUGAAGCAUGUACCAAUAAAACAGUUGACAGUGGUGAUCGAGACAGAUUAUUGGCUGCUGAAAAAGCUGCUGUGGGAUACAAAGAUCCAUAUUCAGCCAAACCUCUGUCUGUAUUUGAGGCCAUGAAGAAGGGGCUUGUUGACGAUAAGACAGGACUCCGUCUGCUACAAGCACAAGACUCUGUUGGAGGGAUUUUAGACCCAAAGCUGAGUGUAUUCCUCCCAAAAGACACAGCUAUUAAACGUAAAAUACUGGAUGAAAACAUUAAACGUUCCCUGAAACAGAAUCCAAGGUGUUUCAUUGACCCAGAGACGGAGGAACCUGUAAGUUAUAAUGACUUAAAGAAAAGAUGUAAGACAGAGCCUAAAACAGGCCUGCUACUUUUGCCAGUGACUGAGAAACUGGAUCCAUCUGAACUGAUUUUUGAGGGUAUUCGCAAGCCAGUCACAGCAAAACAAUUACAUGAAUGCAAAGUCAUAGACAAGCCUACGUUGAAAGACCUUCAAACAGGGAAAAGGUCUGUUCCAGAGGUGUCUGAAGACAAAAAAGUCAAUCUUAAAGGAACUGGCCCAAUUGCUGGGUUAAUUGAUGAAAAUGAAGAAAAAGUUUCUUUUGACGAAGGCAAGAAAAAUGCAUUUUUAACACCUGAGUGUGCAGAUUUGCUGCUGGAGGCCCAGGCUGCAACAGGACACAUAAUUGACCCAAAAUACAAUAAGAAACUGACAGUUCAAGAAGCUUGUAACAAAAAAGUGGUGGACAUCAGUGAUCGAGACCGACUGUUGACUGCAGAAAAAGCUGCUGCGGGCUACAAAGAUCCAUAUUCAGCCAAGCCUCUGUCUGUAUUUGAGGCCAUGAAGAAGAGGAUUGUUGAUGAUGAGACAGGACUUCGUCUGCUCCAAGCACAAGACUCUGCUGGAGGUAUUUUAGAUCCAAAUGUGAGCGUGUUCCUCCCAAAAGACACAGCUAUUGAACGUAAAAUACUGGAUGAAAACACCAAGCGUUCUCUCACACAGAAUCCCAAGUGUUACAUUGACCCUGAGACAGAGGAAGCUGUAAGUUAUAAUGACUUAAAGAAAAAAUGCAAGACAGAGCCUAAAACAGGCCUGUUACUUUUGCCAGUGACAAAGAAACUGGAUGAAUCUAAACUGAUUUUUGAUGGUGUUCGUAAACCAGUCACAGCCAAGCAACUACAAGAGUGUGAAGUCAUUGAUGAGCCCACAUUUAAAGAACUUGAGAAGACCAAAAAGUCUGUCAAAGAUGUGUCUGAAGACAAGAAAACAUACCUCAAGGGAACUGGGUCAAUUGCUGCAGUUAUAACUGACAAAAACAAAAUAAUCACAUUAAAUGAAGCAAAAGAGAAAAUGCUUUUACCUUCUGAUUGUGCUGAUUUGCUUCUUGAAGCGCAGGCCGCAACAGGCCAUAUUAUUGACCCUAAAAACAAUAAGAAGCUGACUGUGGAUGAAGCAUGUACCAAUAAAACAGUUGACAGUGGUGAUCGAGACAGAUUAUUGGCUGCUGAAAAAGCUGCUGUGGGAUACAAAGAUCCAUAUUCAGCCAAACCUCUGUCUGUAUUUGAGGCCAUGAAGAAGGGGCUUGUUGACGAUAAGACAGGACUCCGUCUGCUACAAGCACAAGACUCUGUUGGAGGGAUUUUAGACCCAAAGCUGAGUGUAUUCCUCCCAAAAGACACAGCUAUUAAACGUAAAAUACUGGAUGAAAACUUUAAACGUUACCUGAAACAGAAUCCAAGGUGUUUCAUUGACCCAGAGACGGAGGAACCUGUAAGUUAUAAUGACUUAAAGAAAAGAUGUAAGACAGAGCCUAAAACAGGCCUGCUACUUUUGCCAGUGACUGAGAAACUGGAUCCAUCUGAACUGAUUUUUGAGGGUAUUCGCAAGCCAGUCACAGCAAAACAAUUACAUGAAUGCAAAGUCAUAGACAAGCCUACGUUGAAAGACCUUCAAACAGGGAAAAGGUCUGUUCCAGAGGUGUCUGAAGACAAAAAAGUCAAUCUUAAAGGAACUGGCCCAAUUGCUGGGUUAAUUGAUGAAAAUGAAGAAAAAGUUUCUUUUGACGAAGGGAAGAAAAAUGCAUUUUUAACACCUGAGUGUGCAGAUUUGCUGCUGGAGGCCCAGGCUGCAACAGGACACAUAAUUGACCCAAAAUACAAUAAGAAACUGACAGUACAAGAAGCUUGCAACAAAAAAGUGGUGGACAUCAGUGAUCGAGACCGACUGUUGACUGCAGAAAAAGCUGCUGUGGGCUACAAAGAUCCAUAUUCAGCCAAGCCUCUGUCUGUAUUUGAGGCCAUGAAGAAGAGGACUGUUGAUGAUGAGACAGGACUUCGUCUGCUCCAAGCACAAGACUCUGCUGGAGGUAUUUUAGAUCCAAAUGUGAGCGUGUUCCUCCCAAAAGACACAGCUAUUGAACGUAAAAUACUGGAUGAAAACACCAAGCGUUCUCUCACACAGAAUCCCAAGUGUUACAUUGACCCUGAGACAGAGGAAGCUGUAAGUUAUAAUGACUUAAAGAAAAAAUGCAAGACAGAGCCUAAAACAGGCCUGUUACUUUUGCCAGUGACAAAGAAACUGGAUGAAUCUAAACUGAUUUUUGAUGGUGUUCGUAAACCAGUCACAGCCAAGCAACUACAAGAGUGUGAAGUCAUUGAUGAGCCCACAUUUAAAGAACUUGAGAAGACCAAAAGGUCUGUCAAAGACGUGUCUGAAGACAAGAAAACAUACCUCAAGGGAACUGGGUCAAUUGCUGCAGUUAUAACUGACAAAAACAAAAUAAUUGCAUUAAAUGAAGCAAAAGAGAAAAUGCUUUUACCUUCUGAUUGUGCUGAUUUGCUUCUUGAAGCGCAGGCUGCAACAGGCCAUAUUAUUGACCCUAAAAACAAUAAGAAGCUGACUGUGGAUGAAGCACUUACCAAUAAAACAGUUGACAGUGGUGAUCGAGACAGAUUAUUGGCUGCUGAAAAAGCUGCUGUGGGAUACAAAGAUCCAUAUUCAGCCAAACCUCUGUCUGUAUUUGAGGCCAUGAAGAAGGGGCUUGUUGACGAUAAGACAGGACUCCGUCUGCUACAAGCACAAGACUCUGUUGGAGGUAUUUUAGACCCAAAGCUGAGUGUGUUCCUCCCAAAAGACACAGCUAUUAAACGUAAAAUACUGGAUGAAAAUGUUAAACAUUCCCUGAAACGGAAUCCCAAGUGCUAUAUUGACCCAGAGACGGAGGAAGCUGUAAGUUAUAAUGACUUAAAGAAAAGAUGUAAGAUGGAGCCUAAAACAGGCCUGCUACUUUUGCCAGUAACUGAGAAACUGGAUCCAUCUGAACUGAUUUUUGAUGGUGUCCGUAAACCAGUCACAGCAAAACAAUUAUAUGAGUGCAACAUCCUUGACAAGACAAUGCUUAAACAUUUGCAGACAACAAAAAAAUCCGUAAAAGAUGUGUCGGCUGACAAAAAAGCUUGCCUCAAUGGAACUGGGGCUAUUGCUGGUAUUAUUACCGGGCAAAAUGAAAAAAUGUCCUUUACUGAAGCUAAAAGAAAAACACUUUUAGCACCAGUGUGUGCCGAUUUGCUCCUUGAAGCACAGGCUGCAACAGGACAUAUCAUUGACCCUAAAAACAAUAAAAAGCUGACUGUGGAUGAAGCAUGUACCGAUAAAACAGUUGACAGUGGUGAUCAUGGCAGAUUGUUGGCUGCAGAAAAAGCUGCUGUGGGCUACAAAGAUCCAUAUUCAGUCAAACCUCUGUCUGUAUUUGAGGCCAUGAAGAAGGGGCUUGUUGACAAUGAGACUGGACUUCGUCUGCUACAAGCACAAGAGUCUGUUGGAGGUAUUAUGGAUCCGAGUCUUAGUGUCUUUCUUCCCCUAGACCUAGCUGUUAAGCGUAAUAUAUUAGAUACCAACACAAGCCAUUCUCUCAAGAAACAUCCUAAGUGUUAUAUUGAUCCAGAAACAGAUGUCAAUAUUAGUUACGCCGACUUAAAAAAGAGAUGCAGGACAGAACCUCAUACCGGCCUGCUUCUUUUGCCUGUUAAGGAUAAACUGGAUGCUUCCAAAUUAGUUUUUAAUGGUGUUCGCAAGCAAGUCACAGCACAGCAGUUAUUUGACUGUGGCAUCCUGGAAAAAUCUACAUUUAAUGAUCUCCAAACAGGAAAGAGGUCUGUCUCAGAAGUGUCUUCAAUCAAAGAGGUUAACCUUAAAGGAACUGGAGCGAUUGCUGGGAUUUUUACUGAGAAAAAGGGAAAACUGACAUUUUCUGAAGCUAAGCAACAAAUGCUCUUUCCCCCCAAAUGUGCUGAUUUUCUCCUGGAAGCUCAGGCUGCAACAGGCCAUAUAAUUGACCCAAAAAACAAUAAGCAGCUGACUGUUGACGAAGCAUGUUCUAAGAAAGUGGUGGACAACAGCAAUCAAGACAAAUUAUUGUUUGCAGAAAGUGCCGUUGUGGGUUUCUGUGAUCCACAUGAUGCCAAACCUCUGUCUUUAUUUGAGGCCAUGAAGAAGGGGCUUCUUGACAGUGAAACAGGACUCCGUCUACUGCAAGCUCAAGAGUCUGUUGGGGGAAUCCUGGAUCCCAGCAUCGGUGUGUAUCUACCUAAAAACCUGGCUAUUAAGCGCAACCUUGUAGAUGAAAACAUUCUUCAGUCACUAAACAGGAUGCCUAAAUGUUACAUUGACCCAGAAACUGAGGAGAUGAUCAGUUACAAUGAUUUAAAGAAAAGAUGUAAAAGAGAACCACAAACAGGUUUGCUUCUUUUGCCAAUCACUGAGAGACUGGAUGCUUCCAAACUAAUUUUUGAUGGCAUUCGUAAGUCUGUCACAGCACAGCAAUUACAUGAAUACAGCAUUAUAGACAAGAUGACGCUUAAUUAUCUGGAAACAGGUAAAAAAUCUCUUCCAGAGGUGUCAGCUGACAAAAAAAGCCAACUGAAAGGAAAUCUACCAAUUGCAGGGGUAAUUAUUGAAAAUAAAAGAAAAAUGUCUCUAACUGAAGCCAAGGAACAACGGCUCUUGUCACCAGAGUGUGCAGAUUUACUCCUAGAGGCACAGGCUGCCACAGGUCAUAUCAUUGAUCCCACAACAAAUCAGAAGUUAACAGUUAAAGAGGGAUACAACAAAGGAAUGUUUGACCUUAAAGCUCGUGACCGACUCUUAAUAGCAGAAGCAGCUGCUGUUGGUUAUCGGGAUCCAAAUUCAUCUGUACCUCUAUCAGUGUUUGAGGCAUUGAAAAAGGGUAUUGUUGACAAGAAAACCGCACUUUGUCUAUUACAGGCCCAGGAGGCUGUGGGAGGCUAUAUAGACCCAAGGAUUGGCAUUUACCUUCCAAAAGAUACUGCUGUCAAGAAACAGAUAUUAGAUGAUAAUAUUUAUCAUGAGUUAACACAAAGUCCUAACUUAUACAUUGACCCAGACACUGAAGAAGAAGUGAGCUACAACAUGUUGAAGAAAAGGAGCAAAGUGGAUUCUUCCACAGGCCUACUACUUUUGCCAAUAAAGGAAAGAGAAGAUCCUUCUAAAAUUAUGUUUCAAACUAUUCACAAGCAAAUCUCAGCACAACAAUUACUCGAGUAUAAUAUAAUAGAUGAAACAACAUUCCUCAAGUUAAUAAAAGGUGAAAAAAGUGUGGCACAAAUAUCUGAAGAGCUAAGAGUCUAUCUAAAAGGGACUGGACGGAUUGCUGGAGUUCAGACACCGCAAAAAGUGAAAAUGUCCAUUUUUGAUGCCAGAAAUUAUUCUGUUCUUCCCUCAGACAGUGCAAAUUUACUGUUGGAAGCCCAGGCCGCCACAGGUCAUAUUAUUGAUCCCAAAACGAACAGCAAACUUACAGUUAAUCAGGCACUUGUACAAAGACUAGUGGACGUUGAGAGUAGAGAUAGAUUACUGGAAGCCGAGGCUGCUGCAACUGGAUUCAAGGACUCUGUUUCUGAAAACCGUCUCUCAUUGUAUCAGGCCAUGAAGAAGGGAUUAAUUAAAAGGGACACUGCAAUGCGUUUGUUGCAAGCUCAGUUAUCUGUGGGUGGCAUCUUAGAUCCAAAUCUAGGUGUCUUUUUCACUAAAGACACAGCAAUUAAACGUAAUCUUUUGGAUGAAGACACAUGGAAUGCAUUAAAUGCAAAUCCUAAAUGUUACAUUGACCCAGAAACUAAGAAAAACAUCAGCUAUGAGGUUUUAAAAAACAAAUGCACAACAGAUAUAAAUUCUGGACUAAAAUUCUUACCAGUCUCAAAAAGUAUUGAUCCUUCCAACCUUAUUUUUGAUGGUGUCCGAAAAUCAAUUUCAGCACAACAAUUACUGGAAUUUGGGAUAAUUGAUAAACGCACAUUUGAUCAGCUAAUUAUGGGAUUGAAAUCUGUCAAUGAAGUCUUUGUUGAUAAAAUGAUUUUCCUCAAAGGAACAGGGUCAAUUGCAGGCGUGGCUGCUGGUCCAUUGCAAAAAAUGUCUUUUACAGAGGCAAAGAAACAGAAAAUUAUGUCUCCUAAUUGUAUUGACCUUCUUUUGGAGGCCCAAGCAGCAACAGGACUCAUGAUUGAUCCAACGACAAAUGAAAAAAUGACUGUAAAGGAAGCUUGUGCCAAAGGUGUAGUGGAUAAAAAUGAUGAAUCAAGACUAUGCGCAGCUGAAGCAGCAGCAAUUGGUUACAAAGAUCCUAAUACCAAUAAUAUUUUGUCAGCUGGACAAGCCUUUAAAAGAGGAUUAAUAGACAGGGAUACAGCUUUGCGUGUCCUUCAAGCCCAAGAAGCUGCUGGAGGAAUAUUGGAUCCCAUCCUGAGCAUCUUCUUCCCUAAGAACAUUGCUUUGACUCGGAACCUAAUAGAUGAAGAUAUAUACCACACACUUAAUACAGGUCCCCAUGUCUAUUUGGACCCAGACACUCAAGAAGCAACUAAUUAUAUUUCCAUAAAGAAAAAGUGUAAGGCUGAUCCAAAUACAGGCCUUUUGCUACUACCUGAACCCAGAACAACUUUCCAGGGAUUCCGGCGGCAAGUGUCACUAGUUGAACUGGUUGAUGCACAUUUGUUGGAACAGUCUGAUAUGGAGCUUUUUAAAGAAGGCAAACUAACCAGGCAGGAUAUUGAAAACCGUUUACGUCCAUAUUUGAGAGGGUCAACUUGCAUCGCAGGUAUCUAUCAUGAAGCAUGUGAUAUGGUUAUGACCAUUUAUCAAGCAAUGAAAACUGGCUUAUUGCGACCUGGAACUACUCUGGAAUUGCUUGAAGCCCAGGCAGCAUCAGGUUUUAUAAUUGAUCCAGUCAACAAUGAGUAUUUGUCUGUCAGUGAUGCCUGCAGUAAAGGAAUCUUUGGGCCAGAGUUUAAGGCAAAGUUGCUGUCUGCAGAAAGAGCUGUGACUGGAUACAUAAUGCCUGGCACUAACAGAAUCAUCUCCCUAUUUCAGGCAAUGGAUAAAGGUCUUAUAGAAAAAGGCCAUGGGAUUCGUUUACUCGAAGCCCAGAUUGCAAGCGGUGGCAUCAUUGAUCCUGAGCAUAGCCAUCGUAUUGAUGUUAAUGUAGCCUAUGAAAAGGGUUAUUUUAAUGAAGAAAUGAACAGUAUUCUAACUGAUGACAGUGAUGACACAAAAGGUUUCUUUGAUCCAAACACACAAGAAAAUCUGACUUAUCUGGAACUUCAGAAACGCUGUAUUAAAGACAACACAACUGGGCUUCUUCUUUUGCCAAUUUUUGAUCGGAAAAAGCAUGAAAAGACCCAAAAGAACACCUUGAGGAAAAGGAGAGUGGUUAUUGUGGACCCAGAGACUAAUAAAGAAAUGUCCGUGCGUGAAGCUUAUGACAAAGGAUAUAUUGAUGAAGAAACCUUUUUGGAGCUUGCCCAGCAAGAGUGUGAGUGGGAAGAAAUAACGUCAACUGCACCAGAUGGUUCUACUCAAUUUGUGAUUGUUGACAGAAAAACAGGGAGACAGUUUGACAUUGGUGACCUUCUUGAACAAGGAGUGAUCAACCAGACUCUUCUGCAAAAGUACCGAUCCCAUAUGAUUACACUAACAGAAUUAGCUGAUAUUAUAAUUGAAAAAACUAAACAUAGCUCAUAUUCUCCAAGACCAUCUGUAGUUUCAAAUAUAUCUUCUGUGACGUCUUCUACAUUCACAAGCGCAGGACCAAGUACGACAUUGUUAACUUCAACACCAACAUCAUCCUCAACUGCUCAGAUUACACAAACUAGACAUGGUUCAUUUGAUUCUACAAAGGAAUCUACAACUUCAAAUAUAUCUUCUGUAAAAACAUCUACAUUCACAUCCACAACAAGUGUGAAGUCAAGUGCAUCAUCCUCAGACGUUUUUCCCUCAGCUGCAUUUUCAGCAACUCAGUUAACAAACAUCAGUGGUGACACAAUAAAACAUGAUACAGUAGAUUCUUCAAGACAGUCUACACUUUCAAGCACAUCCUUUGAGACAACGCCUACAAUUUCUUUUAAAAUGAGCUCUGAGCCUUUAAUGGCAUCUUCCUUAUCAUCAGUUUCAACAACUAGCUUCCCUGCUCAAUCAACAGAUGCAACCAGUGAAACUAAACAUGUAUCAUAUUCUUCCACAAAACAGUCAACUGUUUCCAAAAUAUUUGCUGUAAAAUCUUCUACAUUCACAUCUGAAAGUAGUAUUGAAUCAUGGGCAUCUCCUGUUCCAGCCUCGCCAACAGCUGCAACUGCUCAAAUAACUGAUAUUGCCACUGAUGAAACUCAUCACAGUGAUGAUGGUUCUGCUAGAGGGUCUGUAAUCUCUGUGAAAUCUUCAACAAUCACAUCCAAAACUAUUGCAGACUCAAAUACAUCUUCAAAGGCACAACCAUUAUCACCAUCAACUGCUUCUACCUCCUCAGCUGCUCAACUAAAAGAUAUUUCUGGUGAUACAACUAAACAUGGUUCAGUGGAUUCUACUAGACAAUUCACUAUUUCGAAUAUAUCUUCCAUGCAAACACCCAUAGUCACAUCAAUGAGUGCAGAGCCCACACUUUCUUCUCUGGGAUCAAUGUUACCAUUAUCAAUGUCUCCUUCAUUUAGUCAUGAUCCGGUUAGUUCUACAAACCGUUAUUCUACAUACACAACCAAAACUCAAGUUCAGUCUAGUACAUCUUCACUUGCAUCACCAUCAGCUGCCACCGCUCAAAUAACAGCUAUCACCACUGAUAAAACUCAACACAGUGAUUAUGGUUUUGCUAGAGAGCCUUUAGCCUCUAUAAAAUCUCAGACAAUCACAUCCAAAACUAUUGUAGAAUCAAAUAGAUCUUCACAAACACCACCAUUGUCACCAUCAGAUGCAGCAACCUUCUCAGGUGCUCAACUGAAAGACUUCACUGGUGCUAUAACUAAACAUGGUUCAUUGGACUCUACUAAACAAUUCACUAUUUCAAAUAUAUCUUCUACGCAAACACCCAUAGUCACAUCAGUAAGUGCAGAGCCUAGCCUAUCUUCAGUAAGAUCAGUGUCUACCUCAACAGGUAAUGAGUCGGUUAGUUCUACAAAGCGUUAUUCUACAUUCACAACCAAAACUCAAGUGCAGUCAAGUACAUCUCCUCUUGCAUCACCAUCAGCUACAGUGGUCUCAGCAUCACCUACUCAAUUAACAGACAUCAUCAGUGAGAAAAGUAAACAUGGAGCAUUUGAAUUUUCAAGACCCGCUGGAGUGUAUGUGACAACUACCACAAUUACAUCAAAAACUGGUGCUGAACCAAGUGCAUCCUCAGUCAUAUCAACCUUAUCCUCAGGUGCCCCAUCAUCAUCAUCAGAAGCAUCAUCAUCAUCAUCAGCAUCAAUUCUGUCAAGAUCUCUUUCCCCUACUUUUGCCACAAGGACAACAAGAACAACCACAGUUACAGAGGAACGGUCAUCAAGUCCUGUGGACGAUAAGUCUUCUGAUUCUAAGCAUAUUUCAAGUGUUGCCGUUACUUUGACCACUCCUAUUGAAAUAAUUGUAACAGAAACAAAUCCAAUAGGUGCCAUCUUUGACACAGAUACUCUAGAGAAAAUAACUAUAACUGAAGCUAUCAACCGUGGCCUUGUGGAUUCCAUCACUGGUCAAAGACUUUUAGAGGCACAAGCUUGUACUGGAGGAAUAAUUGAUCCAGCAAAUGGCCAGAGAGUAGGCAUUCAAGAGGCAUGCCGCAUGGGCUUAAUAACAUAUGAUAUGCAGAAUAAACUCAAACCUGCCCAGAAGGCAUACAUUGGCUUUGAAGAUGUUAAAACUAAAAGAAAAAUGUCUGCUGUUGAAGCUAUUAAGGAACGGUGGCUUCCAUAUGAGGCAGGGCAGAGAAUCUUGGAAUACCAGUUUGUGACAGGAGGACUCUAUGACCCACAGAUGGGCUGCAGAAGAACCAUUCAAGAUAUAUUGAGCUUGGGAUGGGUGGAUGUGAGAACAGCUCAGAAGCUCCAAGAUUUCAGGCAGCACACUAAAAAUCUUACAUGUCCUAAGAGCAAACUCAAAAUCAGUUACAAGGAUGCUCUUGAAAAUUGCAUGCUGGAGGAAGACACAGGUGUAAAAAUGCUACAAGCCUCAGUGGUGUCCUCCAAAGGGAUCAGCAGUCCAUAUAAUGUUUCUUCUGCCCCGGGAUCACAUACAGGUUCAAGGAGUGGGUCCAGGCUGGGCUCUCGCAGAAGCAGUGUGGACCUAGGAUCAAGCAACCGCUACACAACCUUCACUGUGUUUUCAUCUACAAGAUAAAAAAACAAACAAACAACAACAUUAAAACACAAAGGUGUUAAGGCAUUUAUAAUUUUGUGUUACACAAAAUAUUUUUUUGUUUUUUUACUGAGAGUGUUAAUACUGGGUAUUGUGAUAAUUGAAUGUGAGGCUUAUAUACCACAUAGUACACACUUCUGCUUGCCACAAUGAGUGCAUUUUUUCCUGAAAUCUUUAACUCUAGACAGACAUUUUGUCAGUACUUAUUUUAUAUAACUUAAUAGGUGCUUUGUUUUGGCAAUAUGUAUAACUGUCAUCACUGUGUUUUCUUUAAUGUUAUAGUUUAUUGGGAACUUCAUUGCAUUUUUCUUGAAACAAACUGAUUGGAUAUUGUUACAAUGACGU